AUUAUGUGCCGAUUAUACAUAUAGGUAUAUGUAUGUUAGCGGUUUGCGGCGCUUCAUGAGGUGAGGGCGCUCUUCUGCUAUACAUCACAUUCCAUAUUGAAUGUCUCGUGCUUUUUCUACCACUUUAUUUGUAUCUAGUUGAGAUCAUGACGGAAUUCAUAGAAAAAUUGAAAAAUAUACCCAUGCAUAUGGACUAUGAAGGCCAAGCCAGAGCAGAACGUUUAUCAAGAAUUAUUGUAACUUUAUUUGGGGUUGUAGGGUUUAUAUGGGGUUACAUUAUUCAACAAUUUUCACAGACAAUUUACAUUCUUGGAGCUGGAUUUGUCUUAGCAUUCAUUAUAACAGUUCCGCCAUGGCCAAUGUAUCGCAGAAAACCAUUAGAUUGGCAGGCACCACAGUUUCAAGUUACGGAGUCACAAACAAAAACCAAAAAAAAGAAAUGAUUGUUUUAAAAAGUUAAUAACUUAGUGGCUUGUGAGAAAAUAUACAAUAAAAUUGUUUGCAACUAAAAAGGAUAUAGACAUACAAACAUACAUUUUUUAAAUUUAUAAUCUGCUUUUAAUUUUAUGAGUUUUUACAAAUUAUUGCAUAGUGUUAACAAAUUCAUUACUUUUAUGGAAAACAUUCCAUUUUAUACUUUAUUAUUAAUUAAAGCUAUUGAAUUCAUGGUUUGUAAAUCUAUUUCACUGGAACAUC